AUGACUUCAACAUCAUCACCAGAAGCAACGACGAUUAUAAGCGACCAAGACAUCAUCAGCGGCUACAACCGCGGCUCUAUUACUUCCGUAUUCGAAGCUCCACCGUCAUGCACUGAAACUAUUACUUUCGCCUCGAGCGCCUUGUUCCUCGGACAUUGGGGACUCAACUUUGACCAAGCGUGUUAUCCUAUCGCUUCCAAUCCAUCUGCAACACCGGCACCAUCUCGUGGAUGGGAAGCCUAUUAUUAUAGCCCGGCGUUAUGUCCUGCCGAUUGGACUACUGCUACUACUUUCUCAGACAUUGUCCCAAUUUACCCGUCGCCAUCGGCAUUCGCCCUUGGAUCCGCUACUACAGCAGCUAUCUGCUGUCCGUCUGGGUUCUCAUUAUAUCUGCAGGGUCAUCUCUGCAGAUCCUGGAUCACAGCUGACCAGGUGUUGACACUAGCAGUAUAUGAUGAUCAAUUUAGCUCCAGCACUUUGAGCAUAAGUACGCAAGUCUCAUAUUCGUAUGUGAUAGGCGACGGCGUGCCUAUCAUGUGGCAAGCAACAGAUUCUGCUGUACUUGAGCGCGCUACUAUCACGACGUCAGGUCAAACAGUUGAGGACACAACACGAACAUCGCCAACCACAUCUUCGACGGACACUGUUUCGUCAAACGAGACUCAUGCACCAUCGCCAGGUGGCCUGUCGACAGGUGCGAAGGUCGGGUUGGGCGUUGGCAUACCAGUGGCUGUUAUCGCAUUGCUAGCGAUUGGGAUUUUUAUCAUGAAAAGAAAACGAAGAUAUCGAAUAGCUAAUGAGGCCACCGCACAAAGCCCAGGAUAUAACGUAGGCUACGAGGACACACCACCAGCCCAAGCAUAUGAACUUCCUGGACAUGGUGCUGCUAAGUACGGACAUGAGUAUCAGGGAGCUCCACAAUAUCAUGAGAUGCAAUCGAAUCCAGCCAGAACAGACACUCGACAUGAGCUGCCAAGCGUGUCGUACUAG